CAACAAACAACCACGCCUUCCUCUGACAGCUCUUGUCGCCUCUUCUCCCACAAGAAAAUGGUUAAGAGGAAAUUGGGGGCCUUGGAAAAGGUCGAAGCGGACUUGCCGAAUCUGCAGCAUAAAAUACGAAGAGACCCAAAAUCCUACGUCGAAGAUUUUCGCGCCCAACACUACCAAUAUGAGAGCCAUCGGGAGAUUUUCAUGGCGGCGCCCUCAUCGGCUACCGACACAGGCAUUAUAUCACUACGCGACUUAAUUGACUUCAUUUCUCAUGUGGCCGACUGCUAUCCGGAUAUAACGAAGGACUUCCCGCAACAACUCAUCGAUAUGCUCACGCAACACCACCUGGUCCUCGGGCCAGAUCUGAGAGAGAAAAUUGUAGGAAGUUUGAUGUUGUUGAAGAAAAAAGAUCUUUUGGAUUCAGCGACACUUCUCCAUACACUGUUCCCGGUUCUCAUCUCCACGCCCAGCAAAUCUCUGCGACAGUUGCUUUUCCAAAAAAUAGUGUCCGAUUUGCGUUCAUCAAACGCCAAGACGACGAAUCACAAGCUCAACCGGACUAUGCAGACGGUCCUUUUCAAUCUAGUCACGUCAGAUCGCACUUCAUCGAAGUCAUUGUGGGCUGUUAGGAUUACAAGAGAACUAUGGAAACGACAGAUUUGGUCAGAUGCUAAGGCAGUCGAGGUCAUGAAGGAAUGCAGUUUGUCAGAUAAUGAGAAAGUCAUUAUUGGAGGUGUUCGGUUCUUCUUAGGCGGAGACAAGGAGAGAGAGGAGGCCGAGGACGAGAGCAGUGACGAAGAAACCAUCGACAUUGCCCGAAUUCGACAUCAGGUUGGGAUCAACAAGAAGACUAGGAAGAAGUCUCGCGCAGUUGAGAAAGCCCUCACAGCAGCCAAGAAAAAAGAUCGAAGGAAGAACCAGACUGCUCCGCUCAAUUUCUCUGCGUUACAUCUUCUACAUGAUCCGCAGGGCUUUGCUGAAUCCUUGUUCUCGAAACAUCUGCAUAACACAAAGUCGAAGCUAAAUUUGGAGCAGAGAUUACUUGUUCUGCAGCUUGUUUCACGUCUCGUGGGAAUGCAUAAGUUGCAUAUCAUGCAGCUUUACUCAUAUUUCCAGAAAUAUUUGACUCCACGCCAACCCUCUGUCACAUCGUUCCUGGCAUCACUUGCGCAGGCUUCUCAUGAUCUUGUCCCACCGGAUGCUCUUGAACCCCUAAUCCAGAAAAUUGCAAAUGAAUUUGUUUCCGAGGCAUCCGCAGCGGAGGUCGCUACGGCCGGCCUUAACUCCAUCAGAGAAAUAUGCGUGCGACAGCCGCUUGCUAUGAACGAGACACUGCUACAAGAUCUUGUUAUGUACAAGAAGAGCAAGGACAAAGGUGUGAUGAUGGCUGCCAAGGGUCUUCUCGGUCUUUACAGAGAUGUAGGGGCGGAAAUGCUGAGGAAGCGUGACCGCGGAAAAGAGGCUGCCAUGAGCUUACGGGCAGGGGAGAGGAAAGAGAAACGCUUCGGUGAACAGGAGAUAGGAGAGAUCGAUGGUAUUGAGCUUCUAGAGAAAUGGAAAGAGGAGGAGCGAAGGAAGAAGAGGAUCGAGAAGGGCUUGCCCUCGGAUGCGGAAGAUGACGAAGAGGAAGAAGACGAUGAAGCCGCUUGGGAUGACUGGAAUGUGGAAGAUGAUGAGGACAGUGAUGAUUCCGGCGGUUGGAUUGAUGUUCAAAGCGACGGUGAAAUUGAAAUAAGUGACUCGGAUGAUGAUGAUGAAGGUGCUCGACCUGCGAAGAAAACCAAACAAGACGAUGGCGAGGAGAAAGAAAAUACCGACGGUGCUCAGCCUGCAGAAAAGAAAUCCACGAGUAAACUCGCCACUACUCGUAUCCUUACCCCAGCUGAUCUGGCGAAACUCGCUGAACUUCGUGCCGAGGCGUCGAUCACCGCGGCCCUUCCAGGGGCCCGUCGUGCUGGACAGAAUAAUGGCCCGGGCAGACACAAUGAAGACCCGCUUACAGCAGAGCAGAUUGAAGGUCUUGCCGCUCUCUCUUCAGGAAAGAUGACCCGCGAGGAGAGGAUCGCUCGGGUGAAAGAAGGGAAGACUGAUCGGUCAGAGCAUAAGAGUACAACCGCCAGACGCAAGGAGCGCAAGGAGGCCGAGGGUAAGAGUACGACAAACAAGGAGAAGGCCCGGAAGAAGAAUUUUUUCAUGACAUUGGGCAAGGCUAAGAGCAAAGGCAAGCGAAGUCUUACGGAAACAAGGAGAAUCCUGAAGGCUCACCAGGAAAGGCAAAAGAGGGGAGGCAGAAGGGGCAACAACUAGGGUUUUUUACAUGCUUGUACAAAUUAUCAGAAACACAUUAUUAUUGUUAUUAACUGGCGAAAAGUAUCUUCAUUAGCAUGACUUGGGAUGAUGAAGCUAUCCCGUCUGUACCCUGUGCCCUGUGCCCUAUGCCCUGUAGGGCAUGUCCAAGAUAGGCAAUAUUGAGCUCACGCGUCACUCACGUGUCGUCGCGUCGCAAGUGACUUUGAA